CGUGGUCGUGGACAAGCGUCUCAAUGGCAGAACCUUCAUCUUUCUCUAGGAGCAAGCUACCGCACACGACAUCACUCCUUGAACCUUGGCGUCAGCUGGCAUUACACGAGGACACCAUGUGCAGCGGCAAUGUGGAACUCCUGGGCGACAAUGUGGAAAUCCUGGAUUACGAACCCGAGGGCGAGGCUCCCACCGCAGAGCAGUUUCCAGCGGCCGGUGCGGGAGACGAGAGCCCCCCUAACCCCCGGUGUUUGCCAUCGGGGUUGGGUUUUCGUCGCUUGGCAACGACGUUGUAA